AUGGCAUUGGUAUACGAUCAAAGCGAUCUGAGUAUAUCGCGCGUCAAAGGGUGGAGAUUUGGGUAUAAAAAGGCACUCGAACAUUCGCUCUGGGGCCAACAAAACUCCUACAUGUCUUAUAAGAAAAUCGUUCAAGCAGGAGCUGGCGGAAGCAUUGGCGCUCCAGUGCUCAAAGCGCUCGUCGAUUCUGGACAGUUUGAUGUCACAGUCCUCACUCGCAAAUCUUCGAAUUAUAAACCUCCUUACAAUUCGAUCACCGUUGUCCCCGUGGACUAUACAAACCACGCAGAGCUGGUCGAGGCUCUCCGUGGAAACGAUGCACUCGUCGUCACGCUUGGUGAUUUUACAUCAAGUGAGAGGAAUCACCACGCGUUGACCGACGCAGCGAUCAAAGCUGGAUUAAAGUGUAUCAUACCCAGUACCUUUGCCUCAGAUCUGAGCAAUCCUCCUGGUUCCGAAGAGGAGACGUUCCGCCCACAUCUUAACAAUAUGGCGUACAUCAGAAGCAAACAAGCGGAGAUUGGCCACAUUUUCAUCACCAACGGAUGCUUUUUCGAAUGGGGUCUCAAGACUGGAAUCCUCGGCUUGGACAUUCCCAACGCCAAGUGUACCAUUUACGGGGAUGGGAUGCGCCCGUUCAACGCGACUACAUACGACUCUGUCGGCCGUACCGUCGUCUCAGUCUUGUCCACUCCAUCCACGUUUCUCAACAAGGACAUUCGGGUUCACGACUUUUGGAUUACACAGUGGGAUCUCAAGGCACUUUUCGAAGAAGAAACGGGCAAGACGUAUACCGUCGAGCACGUCGACCCACUCAAGCUCAAGGCAGAUUGCGAAGCUGCCAUUGCCCAAGGAGAGUUGAAUCAUCAUACCUUUAUGGGAGUCAUCGCUGGUGUGGUGUUUGGGAAACACACGCAGCUGGGGUGUCAGCGACGAUACACCAUUGGUCGGAUUACCGGCCAAGGAUAUCAAGGAGGAACUGAAAAAGUUUCUCGAAGCGAUGUGAAUAGUCGACAAACAUUUAGACGAGUAGAGAGCGCGCGUACUGUGCAAGCAAUUGAGAUUGUUUAUCACAUUGACGAGUUCAAUGUACAUCAAAAAUAA